AUAUUGAAGAGAUACAAUUAGUUAAUUGAUAGAAAAUUUUGACAAUCAAAGAAUCAAAAUUUGCUCUAAUCAAAGAGCGACAUCUAUGUUCUAAUGGGCGUGUUGUGUUUCUGAUUCAUUUUGACGUAAGUUUUUCAUCUUGAAAGGAUAACAAUUGUUUCCAAUUUUAAUUUUCAACAUAUUCUUUUAAUCAUCAAUCAAUUAAUUUGUUUAAUUACUGUUCCAUUGGUGUUGUUUUUGUUCUGAGCCUUGAAAUACAAUAAAAUCUCAUCACCAUGGCUCUUAAAAUGCUGGUUGGUCAAAAAAUCAUGAACGAGGCAAUCAGAACAUGUAAAAAGAAGGGUGAAUGGAAGGUCUUGAUUGUUGAUCAAUUGGGAAUGAGGAUGAUCUCAGCCUGUUGUAAGAUGCAUGAAAUUGCCGUUGAUGGUAUUACAAUUGUGGAAGACAUAGUGAAAAAGAGGGAACCUCUUCAUCAUAUGGAAGCUAUUUAUUUGAUUACUCCAACGGAUAAGUCUAUUCGGCUUUUGAUGCAAGAUUUUCUCAGUGCUCGUUCCGCAAUUUACAAAGGAUGUCAUGUAUUCUUCACGGAAUCUUGUCCUGAUGAAUUGUUUAACGAAUUGUGCAAAUCUCCUGCUGCCAAAUACAUUAAAACGUUGAAAGAGAUCAACAUUGCCUUUUUACCCUACGAAUCACAAGUAUUCUCACUUGACUGCCCUGAGGCAUUCCAAUAUUUCUACAAUCCUGCUAAACAAUCAGGUCGUUCAGCUAAUCUUGAAAGAAUAGCUGAACAACUCGCAACAAUAUGUGCUACUUUGGGUGAAUAUCCUAGUGUACGAUUCAGGUCAGAUUUUGAUCGUAACGCUGAACUUGCUCAGCUUCUUCAGCAAAAGUUAGAUGCAUACAAAGCAGAUGAUCCAUCAAUGGGUGAGGCUCCAGAAAAACAUAGAUCACAGUUGAUUAUUCUUGAUCGUGGUUUCGAUUGUGUUUCACCGUUGCUUCACGAAUUAACCUUCCAAGCGAUGGCUUAUGAUCUUUUACCUGUUGAAAAUGAUGUUUACAAGUUUGAACAAACAACCGGAAACGAAGUUCGUGAGAAGGAAGUUCUUUUGGAUGAAAAUGAUGAACUUUGGGCUGAAUUAAGGCAUCAACAUAUUGCCGUGGUCUCUCAAAAUGUUACCAAAAAUUUGAAAAAGUUCAUUGAAAGUAAACGAAUGAGCACUUCGGAUAAAACAAGCCUGAAAGAUUUAUCUCAGAUGAUUAAAAAGAUGCCUCAAUAUCAGAAAGAGUUGAGCAAAUACUCAACCCAUUUACAUUUGGCUGAAGAUUGUAUGAAAGCGUAUCAAGGUUAUGUUGACAAAUUGUGCAAAGUUGAGCAAGACCUUGCGAUGGGUACCGAUGCUGAAGGAGAGAAAAUUAAAGAUCCAAUGAGAAAUAUUGUUCCCAUUCUUCUUGACCAAGGAGUUGGAAUAUUUGACAAAAUUCGUAUCAUUCUUCUUUACAUUCUCUCCAAAAAUGGAAUCUCCGAAGAAAAUCUGACCAAAUUGAUUCAACAUGCACAAAUUCCGCCUGCAGAUAAAUGUAUCAUCACCAAUUUGGCUCAUUUUGGUUUAUCAAUCAUUUCGGACGGAGGCCGUAAGAAAAUGUACCAAAUCCAAAGAAAGGAGCGUAUCAAUGAGCAAACCUACCAAAUGUCUCGUUGGACACCAGUGUUGAAGGAUCUCUGUGAGGAUGCAAUCGAGGAGAAAUUAGAUCAGAAACAUUUCCCCUUCUUGAGUGCUCGAGUGGCUACUGGAUUUGGCCGACCCACUCCGACCUCCGUUCGUUAUGGUAAUUGGCAUAAAGAUAAAAACGCUUUGAAUGUUAAAAAUGUCCCUCGAUUGAUUGUCUUUGUCAUCGGUGGAUUGACCUAUUCCGAGAUGAGAGUUGCCUAUGAAGUAACAAGAGAUAUUAAAACAUGGGAAGUGAUUGUUGGUUCUGAUCAUAUUUUAACCCCUGAGGGCUUCCUCUCAGACUUGCGAGAUCUCAGCAGUUGAUGAAAUAAUCAUCGUUUUCAUUCACAAAAUUCAUCUGCAAAUUAUUAGUUUGAAAACUAGUCAACACCCAAUUAUUAUUACUGAAUCACCAUUAUCAUGAUCAUUGAGGAAACAGCAAAAAUAGAAACAUUUUGAUGAUUUUUGAUUUGUUAAUUGUUGAUUCUUUGAUCGUCAAUAUAUAUAUAUUGAUUAUCAAAGAAAUUAAUCUAUCAGUUUGUUGAUAUAUAAUAAUCACUUUAAUUGAGUCAUCCUUUUGAACAAUUUAAAUUGUUGUCA